ACUCCUCUCACAGAUCAGAGAGUCCGGGUCCUCCGGGCACACACUUGGACACAGCAGGCCCCUCAGGCCUCCAGGAUGCCCAUCCCUGCCUCCUGGCCCCGCCCUCCUCCUUGCCUGCUGCUGACUCUACUGCUGGGCCUCCCAGGAGGGGCAGGUGAGGAGCUGCAGGUGAUUCAGCCUCAGAAGUCAGUGUCCGUCGCAGCCGGAGAGACAGCCACUCUGAGCUGCACCGUGACCACACUGACCCCCGUGGGGCCCAUCAGCUGGUUCAGAGGGACAGGGCCAGGCCGGGAGUUAAUCCACAGUCUCAAAGGAGGCCACUCCCCCCGGGUAACAUGGGUUGCAGACGUCACCAGGAGAGACAACAUGGACUUUUCCAUCCGCAUCAGUAACAUCACCCCAGCAGACACAGGGACCUACUACUGUGUGAAAUUCCGGAGAGGAGGAGGUGAUGACACGGAGUUCAAGUCUGGAGCAGGCACUCAGCUCACCGUGAGUGCCAAACCCUCUCGCCCUGUGGUAUCGGGCCCCACGGGCAGGUCGCCGCCUGGGCAGACAAUGAGCUUCACCUGCCAGUCCCACGGCUUCUCCCCCAGAGACAUCACCCUGAAAUGGUUCAAGGAUGGGAAUGAGCUCCCAGCCUCCCAGACCAUCGUGCACCCAGAGGGAGACCAUCCCCUUACUGUGGUGGGGGAGCUCAGGUUGGAGCCGCCCUGGGUGGUCUGUGCCCAUGAGGUCAGAGCUGUGCCCUGUGCUGUUUCAGUUCCGCCCACCUUGGAGGUUACCCAGCAUAAUGUGUCAGAGAAACAGAACGUCACCUGCCUGGUGAAGAACUUCUACCCCCGGCGCCUACAGCUGACCUGGCUGGAGAACGGGAACACGUCCCGAACAGAAACGGCCCGGACCCUCGUAGAGAACAAGGAUGGGACCUUCAGCUGGAGGAGCUGGCUCCUCGUGGAUCUGUCUGCCCACAGGGAGGAUGCGAUGCUCACCUGCCAGGUGGAGCACGAUGGGCAGCCGGCCGUCACCAAAACCAUCACCGUGGCGGCCCCGGCUCACCAGAAGGACCCAGAUGAACCCCUUGGUGAGGCCCCAACUUUAACUGACCCGGCUCUGAAUAAAUUUUAUCUUUACUUUUAU